GUAUUUCGUGAAGCUUCGGAUCCAUUUUCUACAACUCUCUUCUCCCGGCUCGUUCCUGCAGGUUUUCGCAGUUGCACUCCUCGGUUACGAGUAUAAUAUAAAAUACAGACACAGCGUCUCUCUUUCUUCUUCUCACUUACCUUCUUUCUCUUCCCUCGAAGCACACAUUUGUAUUCUGGAGAAAGAGGUCGUAUCCACCAAAUUCCUUCAUAAUUGAAUUUCAAUCUCUUUUUUCUGAUACUUUGUGCAGCUAAAUGGAGGCGGGCAGGGAGGAAUCAGCCAACCUAGGAGAAGCGCCAGCGCAAGCCCAAGGCGAACCCCAGGGGAGUGCUGCUAAUCAAAACGUGGAACCUCCACCUCCUGAACAAGGAGACAACGUACCACCACAAUCUGAAGGUGGAGAUGAUGCAGAAGAUGAGGAAGACGACGAAGAAGAAACCAAGAACGAAGAUGACGAACUUAUUGAAAAGGCUCAGAAGCUCAUGGAAAAGAUUACUUCCUCUCCCGAUAACCCUAAUCCUACCGUCCUUCAUGCUCUCUCCUCCCUCCUCGAGACGCAGGAGUCCCUGUACAUAGCAGAGAAUGGUCAGUCCUCCAGCAAUGGUCGUGCCUCUCACAAUAUUGGGCGUCUAUGUAACCUAGUUCGGGAGAAUGAUGAAUUUUUUGAAUUGAUAUCAUCGAAGUUUCUUUCUGAAAGUAGAUAUUCAACCUCCAUCCAGGCAGCUGCUGCAAGGCUUAUUCUAAGCUGUUCACUGACUUGGAUUUAUCCUCAUGUUUUUGAUGAACCUGUAUUGGAGAAGAUUAAAGGUUGGGUGAUGGAUGACACUACCAGGUUCUCGGGCGAAGAUUUUAACUGGAAACAUGAUUUAGGAAAAAGGGAAGCCUCAGAUUCUGAAAUGUUGAAGACAUAUUCUACUGGGCUUCUUGCUAUCUGUUUGGCAAGUGGUGGUCAAUUAGUGGAAGAUGUAUUGACAUCAGGGUUAUCAGCAAAACUUAUGCGUUAUCUUCGGAUUCGAGUCCUUGGUGAGACAAGUCAAAAAGAUGCCAACCAUCUAGUAGAGAUUAAGAAUGCUUUUGUUACUACUUUAAGAGGUAGGGAUGAAGGUCGAGGUAAGGUGCGGCAGCUUUUGGAGACAACUCGUUUGGAAGAUUCAAGGAUAACAGAUGAGAGAGGUUCAGCUGAUCAAUUAAUUGAAAGGGAUCCAGAGAGGAACAUUAGUCUCCAAGCACCUGGAGAUGAGUGUUGGAUCGGAGAUGGAGAACCACCUGAUGGGUUGGUGGAAGGGAUUGAAGUAUAUGGGGUGAAUGCUGAUGGUGAAGACAGAUGUCAUGGUUGGGAUGUCCAUGAUGGGAAAACAAAAUGGGGGAUUUUGACGAAAGUGGAAGAAUUCAAAACAACUAACAACGAAGAAGCUGCAGUUUUGGCUGCUUCCAGAGCAGCUUCUACUGUUAUUGAUGCAGCUAAUGCCAUUGAAGUUUCAAGGCUCUUAGCUUACUGA